GUACGACGUGUGUCGUGCUGCCCUCCUAUUGCCUUCCCUAUUGCUACCCCCGCCACCUGGAGCCUAUCACUUUCUGACGCUGUGCAGCGCGACACCCGGGAAGCUACGUGUGCACCAUGGCACCAACCACACGUCCCAACGAUGGCGACCGCGAGUCCUUCGAGCCUCGAGAGAGCGAGCACCCUGCACUCCACCCCUCCAUCACCAAUGUGCCCGUCACCCCUGGCUUCGGUCUGCACGACGAGCAGCAGCCUCCCCAAGCGCAGAGCAGCAGCCUGCCCUUCAACCCAGAGACAGCGACACCUGGUCCGAACUGGGGCAACAAAGGCUCAUAUUUCCCCAGGCAGCAAGGCGAUGGCGCCGGCUCCCCCACCGAGCAGGUCGCUGGUGCGCGCACUGGUGAAGAGCUGCUGAAGAGGCUCAGUGUCUCCUCCGAGUCCACGAAGAAGCACGACCUGGCUGACGUCGACCCGCGAGCCGCGCACCCGGGGCUCAAUCUCAGCGGCAGGCUGAUCAGCGCGACUUUCGCGGUGCCCUACAACCUAGGCUAUUCAAAGGGUAAUGACUGGGAGAUGCGCCCUCGCCAUGGUACAUCUGCCCUCUUCGAUUCGUUUUCGUAUCUGGCCUCUUCUUCCUCUCCAUGGAACCACACGCUUGUUGGCUGGACCGGCGAGAUCUCAAACGCAACCGCUACCGUUGAAGAGCCUGUCCAACCGACGAUCAACAAGGCCGCCGCGCCCGUUCCAGUUGAUCCCAAGAAGCCAGCACCGCAGCAACAGCAGCCAUCUGGUAUACGCGUCGGGCGCGCUGAUCGUGAGCGACUGGAAAAGCAGCUUGAGCGCGACCACGGUGGCAAGAUCGUCCCUGUUUGGUUGGUUGACGAGGUUGAUGACGGAAAAGACGAGUAUAUCAUGAAGGAUCAGAGCCGCUGGCGCACAUACGCGGAGCACGAGCUCUAUACCAUCCUUCACUACAAGCAGAAUGAGCCUGCAGACGGACGCGCUGCGCGUAAAGCGUGGGCAGACUACUACCGCAUGAAUAAGCUCUUCGCGGAUCGAAUUCUGGAGCUCUACAGCCCUGGCGAUAUCGUCAUGGUCCACGAUUACCAGUUGAUGCUUCUUCCGAGCCUGUUACGCCAGCGUCUUCCAAACAUAUACAUUGGCUUCUUCCUCCACGUGCCAUUCCCCAGCAGCGAGUUCUACAGGUGUUUGAGCAGACGUAAAGAGAUACUGGAAGGUGUCCUGGGAGCAAAUAUGAUUGGUUUCCAAUCGUUCAGUUACUCCCGUCACUUCUCCUCGUGCUGUACGAGGAUACUCGGCUUCGACUCAUCUUCGGCUGGCGUUGACGCAUAUGGGGCACAUGUUGCAGUCGACGUGUUCCCGAUCGGCAUUAACUCAAUCUCAACUAAGCGUCAAGCUUUCGGAUCGCCCGAUGUUGAGGAAAGGAUCAAGCUCAUCCGAGAGAUGUACGCUGGAAAGAAGCUGAUUGUUGGUCGCGACAGACUUGAUGCUGUCCGUGGUGUCGUGCAGAAACUGCAAGCUUUCGAGAUGUUCCUCGAAAAGUAUCCUGAAUGGCAAGAGAAGGUCGUCUUGAUUCAGGUCACUAGUCCCAGUGCUGUUAUUUCGGAGGGAGGUGAUAACACGCACGAGAAGAUGGUGAACAAGAUCUCGGACCUUGCUGCCAAGAUCAAUGGCACGCAUGGAUCUCUAAGUUUCACGCCGGUUCGCCAUUUUCCGCAGUACCUAUCAGCGGAAGAGUACUUUGCCUUACUUCGAAUUGCAGACGUUGGCUUAAUCACCAGUGUCCGCGAUGGUAUGAACACAACGAGCAUGGAGUAUGUUGUCUGCCAGAAAGAUAAUCACGGUCCCCUUAUUCUCUCUGAGUUCUCGGGAACGGCUGGCUCGCUUAGCGGAGCGAUGCAUAUAAAUCCUUGGGACCUAGGAGGCGUUGCAGACGCCAUCAACGACGCGCUCAACAUGUCCACCAAGGACCGCGAUGAUCAGCACAAUCAACUGUAUAGUCAUGUUGUUAACAACAACGUCCAGUCAUGGACAAACAACUACCUCAAGAGGCUCCUGACCAAUCUAUCCUCGUUCGACCAGUCUUUCGCUACGCCAGCUCUGGAUCGCGCCAAGAUCUUGUCUCAGUAUCGACAUGCUAAGAAACGUCUCUUCAUGUUCGAUUACGAUGGUACACUGACGCCCAUUGUCAAGGAUCCAGCGGCAGCUAUUCCGUCCGACCGAGUGAUUCGCACGCUGAAGACCUUGGCGGCAGAUACUUCUAAUUCCGUCUGGAUCAUCAGUGGUAGAGAUCAGGCAUUCUUGGACGAGUGGAUGGGACACAUCCCUGAGCUUGGUCUUAGCGCUGAACAUGGAAGUUUUAUGAGGCAACCUCUGAGUGACGAGUGGAUCAACCUUACGCAGAAGGAGGAUAUGAGCUGGCAGCAAGAGGUCAUCGAUGUGUUCCAACACUACACUGACAAGACACAAGGUUCCUUUAUCGAGCAGAAGAAGAUUGCACUUACAUGGCAUUACCGAAAGGCCGAUCCAGAGUUCGGUGCUUUCCAGGCGCGCGAGUGUCAGAAGCACCUCGAAAGGACGGUAGCUAAGAAAUACGAUGUCGAGGUCAUGACAGGCAAAGCCAACCUCGAAGUCCGCCCAAGGUUCGUCAACAAGGGUGAGAUUGCCAAGAGACUGGUUCUUGAGUAUGGCGACGCCCCACCAGAGUUUGUUCUCUGCCUGGGAGACGACUUCACCGACGAGGACAUGUUCCGGUCGCUGCGGCAGUCUAAGCUACCUCUAGACCACGUGUUCUCGGUCACGGUUGGCGCGAGCUCCAAGCAAACGCUGGCAAGCUGGCAUUUGCUUGAGCCCACGGACGUCAUCUCGGUCAUCUCACUACUUAACGGCUCGGCUGAUGCGGGCAACGUGGGCGCUGUUGCGGUUGUGGAGGGGUACAUUCCAGAGAACCGAGCAUAGAGGCUUGUCUGGACGGACGAGGUGGCUACAAGGGAGCUACGAGGGAGCUUCGAGGAGGCACAUGUAUCAAGCAUUUCGACGGAGCAUAGGAGCAUCAAGGCAUAGACGAGAGCAGAGUCGCAUUCACGACGUCACAGAAGCAUUCGCAGGCUAGCUGCACGACC